AUGAGAUGGAUUCUUGGUCAUCAGAACAAACAAGUCAGUGCCAUAAAUUGUAGACACUGUCACACCAAGUUCACAGAACAGCAACUGAAAAUUCCCUUUGAUAUCUUUAACCAAAAACCUUAUCUGCUGUAUGCUACCAGAAAAAUUGCUUUGGAUAUCAACCCCAAAGAGUCAAGAAUCCAAAUGCGGUUUCAAAAUCAAAGAGCCAGACACGGAUCCCAGAAAAGACCAAAAUUUAAGGAGGUUUUAGAGUCACACCAAGGGCAAGGAUGAGAUGACCUUCAAGAAGAGCUUCACAGUACAGAAGCCAGCCAGUGUGGUACCAGCUAUAGCUCCUCUCAGUUACACCUGCUCAAAGUAAUUAUGAACAACCCUUUCCCUGGAAAUGACUCCAGAGAACGUGGGGUGCUAGAGUCAAGAGUUCAAAUUUGGCCUCAAAACUGAAGAUGUAUCCAGAGAAAAAGCAAACCUCCUGAGUUCUUAGAACAGGACCAGGGACAAGAUCACCAGCUUUCGCCAGCAAUUCCAGUGCUCCAAUCUGGCAGACACAGAGACAAAGUUGGCGUGUUUAGUAUCAGCAGCCCAGGCCAGGCCGGAGACCUCUCACAGCCUCUGAGAGUUCAUCUUUCUACUGCAAUGCCAGCUAAGCUUUCUGGAGGAGACACAAGAUGA